AUGGAUCAGAUUUCAAGGCGAGUUCGGACUGUCGAUGUUGGAAACUUGGGAGGUGGUGAUGAUCUGUCAGUCGCAUCUAUGGCCCUCGAAUCUCAUGCUGAACGAGCCAGCACCCAAACUGGAAUGCUGAUUGCUCGCACAUCGCCUCUAUCCUCCCCAGACGUCAUCGUGAUUCUGUUGAUGCUGCUGUUCUAUGUUGCCAUCUUCAAAUAUUUCCCCUCUCACAUCAAAAUCAUCGGACGGAGAGCGAAGUAUUAUCUGGUAGGAUCCGAAUAA